UAGAUCGCACUAUAGAGCGCCCAAAUGGACCCGUUAGACCUUCUAACGAAUGAAGAGUUGCUGUUUUUCUUCCACCGGAAAAAGACAGAGAUCUCGUGCAUAGAGCAACCGCACAGACUCCUCACUCAGCUGCGCGACCACGAUCUGGUGCCUGAGAAACUGUUUGAGACUGUGAUAAAGAUGCGUUCUGGUGAGCAGAAGGAGAAGUGCUUUUAUGAGGUCCUGGACUGGUUGGAGAAGAAUAGACCUCAGGACAUAAAUCAGUUCUGGUGCUGUGUGUUUGAAGAUCAUAUCCUGAAGCUGUACCCAACGCUACGCAUCCUCAGAAACAAUCUGCUGGACAUUAUAGGGAGAAAAGGAAAAGCAAAGAAAGGACAGGAGAAGAGCUUCACUGAAAAGAGAGAAAAAGGUGAUAGAACUAGUGAGGAUAAUGUUGAUACUCGUUUUUUCUCUGCUUUCACACCUAAGCUGAGGAAACCAGACACAAAACCCUCAUUCUGCACUUUCAAUCUCUUUGAAAAACCUCCGGAUGUUGAGACACUGAAAGAGGAGGAAGAGAGUAAAGGAAAAGUAGAGAAAGGAGAGGACAAGAGCUACACAAGAGAGAGAAGAAAAGAUGAUAGAAGUAGUGAGGAUAGUGAUGAUCCUGGCCUUUUCUCUACUUCCACACCCAAGCGGAGGAAAACAGACACAAAACCCUCAUUAUGUGAGUCCCUGAACUACAGCAGAUGCAAGUACUCAUCGGGGUUAAAUAACACUCAAACUAAACCAUACAAAAAGCUUUUUUCAUCUCCUGUCAAGAAAGAAAUUUUGACGUUGCCUGUUCAUGAAGCUCAGCUGCCUGUAACCUGUGGGAAUAAAGAAGGCACUCUCUAUCGGGACAAACUGUCCAGAGGGGAGAAAUGUAUUUUGUCCCAUGGACGCUGGUUCACCCCAGCUGAUUUUGAGAAGGUUGCGGGGAAGGAAAAGUGCAAAAACUGGAAAUCCAGCAUCCGCUGCAGAAACAUUACACUUAAGAAACUCAUAGAGGAGGGGCAUCUUCAGUGUCCACAGAGGAGGAAUAGAAAGAAAACCUGUGUUCAAACAAACAUGAAUAAGAGGUUUCCAGUCAGUUCUAACAAGAGAAUCAAUGCAGAUUUAGAAACAAUCUCUAGUUUGAUGGAGGAAAUUGAGGAUGAGGAGGAGGAAGAAGAAGACAUGGCAGAUCUGUCUGUUUUCCAGGCUCCUUCUUUACCAGUCACCUGUGUUUCACUCACUGGGACUCUGUACAAAUACAGGUUCGCAUCAGGGAGUCGUGGGAAGUGUAUACGUACUGAGGAAAGAUGGUUCACUCCGGAGGAAUUUGUAAAGCAGGAACCGACUCUCACUGAUGGACUCUGGAAGAAAGAUAUACUGUGCCAUGGAAAAACAAUCAACUUUUUACUCCAGAAAGAGAUUCUGCGCAUCCAUUCCCUUCUGUGUGAAUGUGUGAAAUGCAGCACUAAAGAGGAAGACAUGAUGGCCCAGAAAAAUGAUGACGAGUGUUAUGUGUGUCACUCUGAGGGAGAUCUUGUGUGUUGUGACGAGUGUCCACGAGCUUUUCAUUCACACUGUCACCUACCAGCUGUACACGGAGACUCACCUGGGGAAUGGAUUUGUACCUUGUGCGUGUUAAGAAACAGUCAACAGUGGCGUGACACCAGUAACAUGUCUGAACAAGAAGCUUUCAGUGCCCCAGUGUCUCAGUACAUAUUGCACUGCCACUACCUCCUGUUAUGUGUGUACAGAAAGGACAUCCAGAAGGUGUUUGUUGAGGAUCCACGACAAACAGUGCGCAGAUACUCUGAGAUCAUAACUCAGCCGAUGUGGCUGGACAGAAUAAAGCAGAAGUUGUAUAGUAGAAAGUAUCAGACGGUAGGAGCGUUCGUCUCUGACUUUCAGCUCAUUUUCAGCAACUGCAGCAUGUUCAAUAGGGACAAUGAGUUUGGCCGAAUGGGUGCCUGGCUGAAACAAAUGUUUGAAGAAGAGUUCCGGAAAAUCUUCAAAAUUGCAGAAGAGUUCACACCUAAAAUAAUUAAGGGAAAUGACAAGGACAAAAACAAAAUUGUAUACAGGUUUGUGUGUCCACAUGCUGGUCAGUUUCGUUGCAGUCUGACCAGCCUUGUGUUUGUGAUGGAGAGUGAAGGAGAGGUGCUUUAUAACACUGUCUCAUGGGAUCCUAGUCUGUUGGUUGGUUUGGGUGUGAUGCAGCCUGCAGGACCCUUAUAUGACAUUAACUGUUUUAAUGGUUCAAUCUCAGGACUGCACCUUCCACACUGUGAAAUGUUCGCAGAGGAAGAAAUUGAUUGUUUAGCUGUAGCACAUUUCACUGGUGGUAAUGUAGCAAUAAUGAAUCCGCUUGAAGUGACUGAAGCUUAUGUGAAGAUUGACAUCAACGAUCUCUCCCUUUUUGGGCUCAUAAAAAGCAUCUUUUCUCAUUCCCCUGUCAUUGCCCAAGUACUUAUUUUUCUGCGACCAAGAACUGAGGGACAGGAUGAAAAAAUACUGGAUGUCCAUUUGCUUCCAUGGAAUGUUCCAGUGUCAGAGGUCGAGAACCAGCACACGGAGCAUUGUCCUAUUAGAACCACUUCAAGGUGUUCUCUCAUCCAGGGAAAACAAUACCGUCUGUGUUGUCAAACAGAGGAAUGUACAGUGCAGCCAGAGACUGAGGAGUUUUGGUUUAAUCUUGGUCCAAACUAUCAUCCCACAUUUGAAGUGUUUGUAAAUGUCAGAAAUGACGAGGUCAAACUAAGUCUUAUAGAUAUCACAGAAGAAAGGGCAGUGUGGCUUCCACGACGAGUCCUUCUCAGAGACACACGUCCAGUUCACAGACGGCUAGACGGUGUUCAAUUUGUGAACACACACAGAAGUCGGCUCAUUCAGAGAGUUUCAUCAGUGAUGGAGAUUGCUGAUGGUCUGAGGGAGAGACGCAUGAUAACAGUGGAAAUGUACAAUAACAUUUGUGCUGUAAAACCAAACCAUAACAAAAUGCGAGAAUUGUUGAAUGCUCUUGACUCCGGAGGAGAUCCUGUAAAAGCAGAAUUCUAUAGAUUGCUGGAGGACAACGAACCGUAUCUAGUAAGUGAUCUGAAUAUCUGGCCCAAUAGACCACAGUAAUGCUUAGAGAGGAACUUGAGUCAGUUUGAUAUGGCAGCUACAGCUCCUCUACAUGUAUAUGAGAGAGAUCCAGGUGCUUAUUUUCUGAAUUUAGUACAAGAUUUACAAAUUAUAUUUCUGGUAUGAAUACCAAAAGUUUGUUUCAAACCUUAUGAUCAUGUUCUUCAGUAUAAUCUGAGAAUGAACCAAACAGCAUCUUACCAUCUGAUCAUCAAUGCCAGCAUUUGUAGGCUAUGUCUGCUGAUUUUGCCAACUGAAUGUACCUGUGAAAUGCAGAAUCUAAAACAUUUCUUCAUUUAUGUCUAUGCUUUAUGCUUUAAUAUGCUUUAACAUUUGUUUUUAAACUUCUCAAACUGUAUCCAGAUUUACAUUUUAGAUUUCAGAUUUUUUUUUUAAUCUAUCCUAUCUAUCCUCUUUUGGUGCUCAUUGUAUAUGUUAAUGUGCUUAUCAUUUACUCUGACUGGAUUUGUUUAAUAUGAGGUAUGCAUGAUGCUGUUACUGUAUGACAUGAAUGUUUUCAUUGUAUAAUACUGUGGAAA